CGUAUCUUGAGCUCGCGACCCGGCGGUUGGGGGGCAAACAGGGAAGCUUUGGAGGAGCAGCAACUCUUCAGGCCGAAACCCAACGACAACAACGACACGUAUUGUUGUAACAUUACAGUGAGUUUGAAACGGUUGUAACGCCUCGGAAGUGUUUAACCGACGCCGGGGCGUCUAAAGUUGUCCGUGUUUGGGUGAACUUGUCCCGGCUUGUUGUGGUGGAUGUUAGCGACGACCAAACAAGAGGAGGAGGAGGAAUAAUAAUGCUGGUAGCGCUGUCUCUGUUUUCACCCGGCUCCAUUUUCUCCAGUUAAACAAACAAACAGACAGACGGGAGGAAAGUGCGGAUAAAAAGAAAGAAAGGAGAAAUGGCCGAAGCACGGUCCGAGGAAGAGGAGGAAAACAUGAUGAGGGAAACCCGGGAACAAGUGGCUCGACGGCAGCCGAACAGCUCCGGAGGUCGUUCUAACAGACGUAAGCCAGAGCAUCGUCUCAGCCAGGGUCCUCUCUCGUCCAUCAGAGCAGCCAUCAAGAGAACCUCCACCAGGACAACAUCUCUCUCUGAGUCGUCCAGGGAGAGAGACAGAGAGCGAGAGAGGGACAGAGAAAGAGACAGAGACCGGAGGCGACCGGAGAUCACCAUCCUGUCAGCCGAGCCGCUGGCCUCCACCUCCUGGUUCCCCGGAGCUUCUGGAGGGUUCCCACCUCCCCCGCCUCCUGCAGCACAGAUCUGGGGACCCACAAUCCCUCCGUCCAUACAGCCUCCGCCGUCCUAUGAGGAGGUGAUCAAGGAGAAGACUCAGGAGCAGGUCCUCCCUCCUCCUCCUCCUGCUCCUCCUCCUCCUUCUUCCUCAUCACGUCCAUCUACUACGAUAACCAUCGCCACGCAGACUGACCCGGGAUCUGACCCUGAACCCCCAAACUUCCAGGACUCUCAGGAAAGAAGACCAGUGAGACCACUACGGCCGCCUCUCCCUUACCCUCCCAAAUCGUCUGACGUCAACGACAUCAUCACCGUCGCCGACAUCAUCACCGUCGCCGCCAGCCAAUCAACACUCCCCUCCGUUGACGGUGACAGCGUGGUACCAAACGCACACCUGGUCCCACACAACUCCGCUCACACACAGUGCCGUGACCUCUUCGCUGAACUUUGCUCACCUUUGACCUCCACCUCUGGCGCUCAAACUGACCAAUGGGAUCAGUCGUCUGCUGCCGUUGACGCGGCCUCUCUUCCGACCGCUUCCGCUCACGUCCCGUUGGAGCGUCCCAGGCCACGCCCCCGCCCGCGCACCAGGUUCAGCGCGCCGGUCGGCAGCGAGGUCAAAGUUCAGACUUUGGUGAAACUGCGAGAGGACGGAUUGGCCACGCUAGCGGCCCGCGCGGGAACGGACGCCGCUAACCAGGACGUGAGUCAGGGCAAGUACCUCCGGGAGCUGCUCCAGGCCUUCAGCGCGGACGACUGGGGCUUCCCAGACCGCCGCAGCGACAGCAGCGAGCACAGCCAAUCGGAGAGCGGGGAGGAAGACGAGGGGGAGGAAGACGAGGGUGAGGAGGACAUGGCGACUCUGAAGGCGAGGAUACAAGCCUUCGAGCAGCAGCAGCAGCAGCAGGUGGCGGAUGGGAGCUGUGCAGACGGUAACAACAGAGACUUUGAGGUCGCAAAGAGACCCGAACCCCGGCCACGCCCUCGUCUCCAGGGGCAACCGGCCAAAUCCGUCCCUCCCACUGUUGCCCCGAAACCCAAAAACCUCUCUCACGCACCCAAACCAUCCAGCAAAGUCUUCUGGGAGGAUGGCGGUUCGACAGCAGACUCGGGUUGCACCGAGACAGACAGAGCUUCUCGCGCCCUGAAGUCCGCUCCAGCUUUGGUACCCGAACCCUGCACUGAAAAACCCUCCGUAUCCCCAAAACCACAGCCUGCCGCUACAGAAACCCUCUCGUCUGGGACCCCCGUCCCGGCCCCGAGGCCUCCUCUGCCCAAACUCGCCCCCUCCGUCGGUGAGACUCCUUCCUCGGCCGACCCCAAAGCUCCGCCCAGACCUGGUGCCCCCAGGACCAGCCUGGGAGCGCAGCACCAGGACAAGAUCACGCCCGCUGGGCUCGUCACCCCAACUCUGCCCCCGAGACCCCCUGUGGAGGUGGGAAGUGGAGCGCCGACGGAGACUCGGGCCGGAAGUGACGAGACGCAGGACGCCGCGAACCAAACUGUGAAAAUAAGAAGUGGUCGUCCAGGCGUCCCGACCAAACCAGCAGCACUGACAUCACCACGCAGAGCCAGCGCUCCAAAUCUGGCCCCCAAACCCACCGGAGUCUCGCCUCCAGAUUCAAACCCAGUCCCACCCAAACCUGCAGCUGCUGCCCCGGCCACGGCCCCCAGACCUUCAGGACCGGCCCUGGUUCAGACCCCGGGCCUCAAACCGCCGGCUCCGGCCCUGAGGAAAGGCCCCGUGAUUCCCACCAAACCAGAAACCAGCAGCGCUGCGAACCCAAACUCCUCAGAUCCUCCUCUCCCUCCGCGGCCGUCAAGUGUGAAGCUCCUCCCCCUUCGUCCUCCACCAAUCAAAUCCACCCCUGGGCGACCGCCGCCUCCAGCCGUCGGCUCAACUUCCUCAGCCAAACAGACGGCCCCUCCGCCGUCCAAAACUGGUCCCGCCCCCUCCGUUUACCCGGCCAGCCAGUCUUCGUCUUCACAAACCACUUCGUCCUCUUCUUCUGUGUCAGCCAAUCAGGUGCAGCCGCAAAGGGCAUCAAAGAGGGGACCACCUCUGCCCCCGCGCCCUAAACCUGGACACCCUCUCUUCAACAGCUACGUGAAACAGGAAGUCCUGAUCGUCCUGGAUGACCCGAGCCCCUCCGAGCCCCUGCCAGGUGAAGGGAGGAGUCAAACGGCCGUCAUCAACCCGUCACAGUGUCUCCUGGACCUGGACAUCCAACCAGAACCUGCUCCAGAUCAGGACAACCAAUCAAAAUCUGCCUUGGAGGGCCUCAGCCUAUCGGACUCCCAGUCUAUUCUGCCUGUGCAGCCCACUGAGCAUAAAGAACAGCCCGACUCUCCUCCCGUCAGCGGUCCUCGGUGCGUUGCCUUGUUUGACUACGAGGGAGAGGAUGACGACGAGCUCACCUUCUCCCAGGGUGAUGUCAUCGCCCUGCUGGAAAUCAUUGGACAAGAGUGGGGGCGGGGCCAGAUCCAUGGGCGAAUUGGAAUAUUCCCCCUGAACUUCGCCGAGGUGGUGGAGCCGCCCCGGCAGCCGCCGCUGUCACCAGGGGAAACGGGAAAACCAACGACAACAGAGACCACAGCGACAAAAAGAACAGCACCAAAGACCUCACAGGGCCCCGACUCAGAGACAAAGGAGUGGGCUGUGGCUCUGUUUGACUUCCCCGGUCAGACUGCAGAGGAUCUGUCCUUCCACAAGGGGGCGCUCAUCCAGGUCACUCAGCAUAUCGAUGCCGAGUGGAGGAGAGGACGACUGGAGGGGGGGGAGGGGAUCUACCCUGCUGCCUUCACACAAGCCUGCCAGGCUCAGCCAAUCCCAGGCCAGCUGUCAGCGGUUAAAGGAGUGGCCAAGUUUGACUUCACAGCAGAGAGCGAGGAUGAGCUCACGUUAAAGGUCGGUGAGAUUAUUACACAAGUGGAGUUUGUGGAUGAGCAGUGGAUUCUGGGAGUUGUGGGCGGGAAGCGUGGGAUUGUGCCUACAAACUACAUUUCACUUCUCUCAUGAGGAAAAUCCUGAAAACAGCCGAUGGGGGAAAAAACUAAGGAAACAACUUUUUUCUUUGGUUUUUGCAGCCGCUCUCUGUGAACAGGUUGGUGGGUUUGAACUCUACAGCGAGCGCUGUGAAUACUGAACUCUGGUACAACAGUGUUUCACAGUUUUUCCCCAAAAACUUUUCAGGCAGUUUUUGGUUAAACAAAAGCUGCCUGCUCAGUUUUUAUUAGUAGUUUGGACUCUUAAGUUCCACUCCGAGUGGAUCGUCUGUUGAAUGAGAACGGGACGGACCUGCGCUGCCUUAACGACGGAGUGAAACGGAUUUUACGCCGGUGAUUUGUGUUCUUCCUUUCUCUGUGCUCUGAUUGGCUCCGUGGAUUAUAUCCCACCUGGACUGGAUUUGACUUUGUUUCUUUCUCGGACCGUUUGGUUCAUUAAGUCCUGACCGGCCAGUGGACUUUUCCCAGAAAAUCAAAAA